GUACACUGUAAACUACCAACCGUCACCACUCCUCCCCCAACCAACAAUACAUCCCAGAGAUUGCUUCUCCGUUCCAGCAAACGAUUGCUUCUCGCAUCUAUGCCCAAUUCGCCUUGAGCGACGAGUCGCGUUUAUACCCCAUAACUUCUCCUUGACUGAUCCCUUCAGAGCACCUCUAGAACGCCUGUUCCGUGACAGCUUAAUCCGGGCCCUCAGUCAGAAUACUUCAGCUUGGGUUCGACAGUUCGUAUCUACCGCUACUGAAUAGUCCCUACGAUCCAAUGAGCUUCCGUUAAGGUCCCGGCCUCAGCGUUGAGCGGGACAAACAUCUCCAGCGUCCGCAUUCCGAGGCCCGCCCAUCCCGCAAGCGCAACCUGUACACACUUCAAAGACCGCCGCCAUGGCUGGAAUGGAGCAGCUCGAGAUCCAUAGCAAAUCGUACCUUGUCCGCUGGGUCAACGUUGCGCCUGCGCACACCAUAUCCUGGACCAUACAACCGCACAAGAAGUCGAUAAACUUUGGUAUAUUCAAACACCCCGGUGGAACCGGACCAACACCGAAUCUGCCCUCGUCCGCGGCAUUUGAGUCGCCGGCACCCGCGUCCGCGCUUGACGUCCCCGCUACCCGAGGCCGCGGCUCCUCCACAUCCCGCAAUGACAAGACCGUCAUAUUCGAGAAGCUGUCAGCUCUAGGCUUGAAGCAGGUGUACUGGGCCGGGAAAUGCGAGGCAGACAAGGUGUCUGUAGGGACAUACAAUGUACCCGAGGGGGAGGGUGGCAUGUAUGGGCUCGUGUUUGACAACACCUUCUCCAAGACGGUGUCAAAGACGUUGACUUUUGUGCUCAUGACAUACCCUACGAAUGCGCCGCCCAAGUCCGGUCACCAUAUGCACUACGCUCAAGCAAUGGCAGGAGCCAGCUCCACAAGCCUUGGGCAGAGGUCGAGUCCAGGUCUAGGUCCGGUUGCGGAUUCCACAGAGUCUCUACCUAGGGAUACGCUCGGUACUAAGCAUGGUUUAGCAGACCGACCGAAAUCCUCCCAUGCACCGAUUUCGGUAUCCACAUCCAAUUCGUCGUUCCUUACUGGCUUUCUACAUAAGAAGCGGAGGAAGCGGAACCAAGGAUAUGCAAGGCGGUUCUUCUCGCUCGACUUCACCUCCUCCACGUUGUCGUACUACCGUAAUGACCACUCCUCUGCUCUGCGAGGGGCCAUACCUCUUUCUUUGGCUGCAAUCGGCGCAAAUGAGAGGACCAGGGAGAUCUCCGUCGACUCGGGGGCUGAAGUCUGGCAUCUGCGCGCACGCAAUGAUGAGGACUUUAACGUCUGGAAGGAAGCUUUGGAUCGGGCUUCAAGAACAGCUGCCGGCAUGGCCUCAGCGACACCCCAAGGGCAACAAUCUCCGUUCGGGGGUGCACCUUACAUCGUCAACGAAGCGGAAGAAUCGGAAUGGUUGCGAGUAGAGGCGCUGACAGGAAGGGUAGCUGGCAUACGGGAUGCGGUCAGACGGCUGGCUAUGGACACGGAUCCAAAGUACCACGGCCCAGUUGCGGGCCUGGGAAUCGGCAAGAUGCAAGAAAACCUCUCACCUGCACCCUCAGAACCUGAAAUCAACGAUUACUUCGAAGAAACGGAUAAGGGCGCAGGAAGGAAGGCCUUCUGGAAAAGGAAAGCGAGCAGUUCUGGCGGACAAAGUCCUUCCGCAACAAUGCGUAGGAGCGUUUCAACUCAAGUGGCCGUCGGGUCCACGAACGUCGUCCCUCCUGUACCUCCCCUACCUUCGAAUGGUAAUCUCCACGUACCGCAACGUAACGGUCGCUCGAGCAGCCAUACUCAACAGCAUGAAGAAGGGAUCCAUGACCACUGCAUGGCUUUGCUACGCGAUCUGGAUUCAGUUGUACAAGACUUUGCCACUCUGAUAGCAGAAAGCCGGCAACGGCGAACUCCUCUGCCCACUUCUGCCGCCACGCGUCGCUUGUCUAUAGAUUCCAGGGAAUCCGCGGACGAAUUCUUUGACGCUCAAGAUAUUGACACCGAGAAGUCCCAACUCCUCACCAUUCGCCGCGACAGCCAGGAUAAAGCCAUCGAGCUUGAGCGCGAAGACGUGUCAGACGCUGAAUCUGAGUCUUCCAGCGACGAAGGCGGCAUCAGUCCCUUAAACCGUGAGCGAUUCUCCACUGAAGGCCGUCCUUCCCUCUACCCCACGAAACCCAAAUCUCUCUCGCCACUCCCCCUGGACCCCGUGAAACGCCGCAACGACGUCCCGCCCUGCCGCUCACAACCGCCGAACCUUCUCGCAUUUUUCCGCAAGAAUGUAGGCAAGGAUUUCUCCACUAUUUCCAUGCCGGUAACGACCAAUGAGCCCACAUCCGCUCUGCAGCGCCUGGCAGAGCAGUUCGAGUACAGCGAGCUCCUCGACACAGCGGCGCUGAAGGCUUCCAGAGACAACGGCGAACGACUCGUAUAUAUAGCCUCCUUUGCCAUCUCGGCCUUCAGCAACAUGCGCGUCAAGGAGCGCGCAAUCCGCAAGCCGUUCAAUCCCAUGCUUGGCGAGACGUUUGAGCUCGUCCGCGAGGAUAAGGGGUUCCGCUUCAUCGCGGAAAAGGUGGUCCACCGACCUGUCACGAUGGCGUGUCAGGCAGAGAGCGCGCAUUGGACGUUCAUCCAGACGCCGAUUCCGGUGCAGAAGUUCUGGGGCAAGUCCGCGGAACUGAACACGGAUGGUCGCGCGAGGGUGUUUUUGCAUGCCACAGGCGAGCAUUUCAGCUGGACAGUGGCGACUAGUUUCCUGCGCAACGUAAUUGCAGGCGAGAAGUACGUGGAGCCUACAGGGACGAUGACGAUCAUCGACGAAGGGACUGGCGCCAAGGCCGUGUGUACCUUCAAAGCUGGCGGCAUGUUCGCCGGACGCAGCGAAGAUGUUGCUGUGCAGGUGUUCGACGCAACAGGGAGUGUCUUACCAAUGGGCGCGCAAGGGAAAUGGACCACCGAGCUGCAGCUAAUGGCGAAUGGACAGCCUACUGGGAAGACGAUAUGGCGCGUUGGCGAGCUGGUUCCGCAGCCCGCACAGCGGUACGGAUUCACUACGUUUGCGGCAAGUUUAAAUCAGAUUACACAUAUUGAGCGGGGGAAGUUGCCGCCCACGGAUAGUAGGCUCAGGCCUGAUCAGCGGGCACAUGAGGAGGGGGAGAUUGAUCGUGCGGAGGCGUUGAAGGCGCGGUUGGAGGAGAGGCAACGCGCUAGGAGGCGCGUUAUGGAGGAGCAUGGGGAGACGUGGGCGCCGAAAUGGUUUGUCAAGGCGAGUGCGGAGGAGGCGAGUCUGUUGGGCGAUGAGGAGGUGUGGAGGUUGAAGGCGGGAAGGGAUGGCUAUUGGGAGUGUAGGGAGGAGGGGAGAUGGGAUCAGGUGAUAGAUGUCUUUCAGUGAGGGCAGUGGUAAUGUGGUAUUGUGCAGCGGCGAUGUUCUCUGAAGGUCUAAGCUGCAAGGAAGAUCGCUAGCAUUAUUGGAGCUUCUUCAUAUUAUAGAUACAAGGGAACAUGGAAUCUAUUGUUAAACCAAUAAUACACCACAUCGCGGCCAUCAGAGUCGAUACGAUGGAUGAUGAACC